AUGAAUGUGACAACUUCGUCUGGUUCUUCUGCUAGAUUUGAGGCGAACGAUGAUGAAGAAGACGGAAGCAUGACUGUCACAACUUCAUAUGGUUCUUCUGCUCGAUUUGGUGCUGCGAAUAGUGAUGACGAAGGAAGCAUGACUGUAACAACUCCAUCUGGUUCCUCUGCUAGCAUGGAAGAUGGUGAAACUUUUGAUGGUGAAACAUCACCAGGCCAGUGGUUUGGGGGAUGGAAAAUGGUUGGAAUGAAGGAAAUUUUUUUUGAAGCAGACUAUCUCGUGUGCGAGUCUGUUUAUUCAACCAACUGCGAGCUGAAAUUCUCAGAAAAUCUCCUUGAAGCUAAAGGUCUAGUUGCCAACAGUGACCAAGAUGAUUUCUGCAUUCGGUUUAGAUUAGAUAACAUUGUGCGCAUUGAAUCUACAUGGGUUGGAAGGACAUCAAAAGUCAGGAUUUAUGCGCCUUCAGAAAAUGAAGAAGAUGAAACUGAUAUUCGUUUUACAGGGACCAUAAAGUUAGAGUUUGCUGUUAUGGACCCUCAGUGGCAUGAGAAAUGUGAGGCAAUUCGAUCUUUGGAUGUCAGAUAUAAUGCAAUAUGGAAAGUUGCCAAUGAGAUGGAAGAGUAUGAAGACAAUUUGAGCCAGCAGGCAUUGCCGUUUCAGAAUAGUUACUUUCCUGAUUUUAGGCAUUUUGAAGAUUUUAUCUAUCCACAAGGGGAUGCUGAUGCUGUUUCCAUUAGUAAGAGAGAUGUUGAUCUACUACAACCGGACACUUUCGUCAAUGAUACUAUUAUUGAUUUUUAUAUUAAAUACUUGAAGGACAAAAUGCAGCCUGAGAAGCGGCAAAGGUUCCAUUUCUUCAAUAGCUUUUUCUUCCGCAAGCUGGCUGACUUGGAGAAGUAUCCUCCAGGGUCUUUUGAUGGCAGAGCUGCUUUCCUUCGCGUCCGUAAAUGGACAAGAAAGGUGAACUUGUUUGAGAAGGACUUCAUAUUUAUUCCUGUUAAUCACAAUUACCAUUGGAGUUUACUCGUCAUCUGUCAUCCUGGUGACGUGGCUAGCUUCAGAGAUGAAAAUGCGAUUGAUUUGGCUAGAGUACCAUGCAUAUUGCAUAUGGAUUCUAUCAGAGGAACCCAUGGGGAUCUCAAAACCCGUAUACAAAGUUACCUGUACGAGGAAUGGAAAGAGCGACAAAAGGAAUCGUCUGAGGAUAUCUCUUUGAAGUUUUCAAAUUUGAGAUUCAUUUCUCUUGAGCUUCCACAACAGCAGAACUCUUAUGAUUGUGGUCUAUUUCUUCUCCACUAUGUGGAGCAGUUUUUGGAGGAAGAUCCAAUCAGUGUCAGCCCAUUCAAGAUCACACCACUUAUGAGAUUUCUUACUGCUGAUUGGUUUCCACCGUCUGAACCUUCGCUCAAGCGCCGUGAGAUACAGAAGUUGAUUUAUGACCUUCUUGAGAAUCAUUGUGAAGAAACUUCUCCAACACCUAGUGAUGACAAUUAUCAUCCCCUUAACCAUUCUGAGACUGCAAAUGCAAUGGAGUUUCCUUCUGAGGGCUUAUCAAAACGAUGUGAUGUGAAUUUAUUGCCCUCUCGAGCUGAUAAUGGUCUUGGGAUGAAUCUCUUUCCAGCUCCUUUGGUGGGGUCUCCUUGUGCUAAUGAUACUGGCAUAAAUUCAGUGGAGCUUUUUGACUCCAAUGCUACAGGAUGCUCAGUGAAUAUUCAGUAUCAAGCUUUCCACAGAAUGCCGUCCUUUAAUGGAUUUAAAAGCACUCUGGCAUCAAUCGAGGAAGGUGCUGGAAGUAUUGAAAAUAUUGCCCCUGAAACACGUGACUUCUCAUGUUCAUCAAGGGAUAUGAGAACUGAGGCAUCGUGGAACCAAGGGAGCUCAAUUCAUCAAACUGCAUGCCAGGAUGAUGGCAUUGCUUCACUGACUGUAGAAUCUGUCUUCUUCACCGACAAUUCUUUAGAAGUACAACAAGAUGGAGAAUGCCAAGUUGGUGGAGGAAUCACGUUGCAUGAGAAAAUGGAUCUGACAAGUCAUACUCCUGCAGGAAAUGUUCAGUGCCUAACAGAUAACUUUGCCCCUGUCGCUAAUCCGAUGCUGAAUGUUGCAGACCCGCACGGUUCCAAGUUGACCAUUCAUCAAGAUGAUAACCUCAAUCAAGAUGAUACUGCUGAUGCUUUAGAUGCAUGCCGGAUGGGUAUACCUGAUCUUUUGAAACGAGGAAUCGAGUGUGUUGCGGGUGCAGCUUAUAAUAACGCUGACCCAGCAUUGGAAUUGGAGGAACUAGAGGUGAAACAUGCUGCAAAAAGACCUCGAUUUGUGCCAAGUGCUGAAGAACAUGCACUAACCCAACCGGAAGAUUUGUGUCCGUGA